AACUUGCAGCUUACAUGUUCCAGGUAUCUUGCCCAUCACUUGGAGCCCACACAAGUUUGCUGAGUGUCUGAGGACAGCAGAGGAGGACAAGCAAACAUGAAGGUGGAGAUGCGGAAGGUGCACGCCACGCUACAGUCGGCGCUGGAUGGCAACAUGGCGAUUUUGACACCUCCAAAUGUGGACAUUCAACAGAUCUUGGAUGAGCUAACCCUAACCCAAAGGGAAAAGAUGGUGGCCUACAUUAAUAAUUUGGAGUAUGAGAAGCGAGUGGCCUCUCUCAACGCUAGGAAGGAGAUUUCAGAUUUCCAGUUCCAAACUACGAAGGAGAAUGAUGCGGCCUUGCAGGAGAAGGAAAAAGAGUGCGCGGCGGAAAAAGAGGACUUACGCCAAGCUACGCAGGAGAAGGAAGCAGCCUUAGACCGAACAGCGAAGGAGAAGGAAGAGCUGUUGAAGGAGAAAGAAGAGCUGUUGAAGGAGAAAGAAGAGCUGUUGAAGGAGAAAGAAGAGGCCUUGAAGGAGAAGGAAAAGGGCUUGAAAGAGAAAGAGGCCUUAAGCAGAGUUGUGGAGGAGAAGGAAAAGGCGUUACAAGAGAAAGAAGAGGCCUUAAAGCGAGUUGAAAAGGAGAACAAGGCCUUACGCCAAGAGAAGGCAGAUCUCUUGAAGUGGGUGAAAGACUACCCAGAGGAGAAAACCAGUUUGACAAAGGAGAUUAACGACUUAAAAAAGAAAGUUAUCGACUUAGAAAUGAAGUUGAUUCAGAGAGAAUGUGAAGUUGAUGAAGUUGAGUGCCCAGAAGAUGAAGUUGAGCGCCCAGAAGACAAGAAAGAAGUUCCCAGAGAGCGCGAGAGAGAUGACCCUGAUCAAGGUACCAGCCAGGACCUGGGAAAGGCAAAAAGAAAGAAGUACACUCGAGUUCCCAAAGAGCGUCGUCAGAAAGAUGAUAGUAGUGAAGGGACCAGCCAGGACGCGGACGAUGAGAUGCCGCCGGCCAAAAAAGACACAAAAAAAUAACAAGAACAAAUAAGGACCGGUACCAUGGGCUCAGUGCUGCAGAGAGGUGUGGUACCAUGUGGCACCACUUCUUCAGUCUCUUUAAUCACACUCGUAUUUUGUUCGGGAGUCGGAUAAGAUGGCAUUCUCAAUUUCCUUAGCUACUUUCUUUUAAAAAAAAAGCUGU